AUGGAGAUAUACGUCGAUGACAUUCUGAUCAAAUCCCUCCGAGCGUAUGAUCUUUGCGCCGAUAUCAAAGAGACGUGCCAAACACUGAGGACAUAUGGAAUCAAGUUAAAUCCGAACAAGUGUCUGUUCGACUCGAGGAGCAGACGUUUCCUGGGCUACAUAGUUACUGAGCGGGGCAUUGAAGUGAACUCGAGCAAAGUGAAGGCACUGCAAGAUAUGCCGCUGCCCAGAAAUAUGAAGGAAGCCCAGCAUCUCACCGGGCGGAUAACUGCCCUGUCGCGGUUCAUCUCCAAGUCGUCUGACCGGAGCUUGCCAUUUUUCAGUGGGAUGAGGCGUGCGACCGGACAUUCGGAGAUCUUAAAAAGUAUAAAGAGUCCUAAUUGUAGCAUCACCCGGUACCCUACAAUUCAAUCACCGCCUCCUCACGCGCUGUCAACCUCGGCGGAGCUGCUGCUUCGGCUGUGGAAGCUGAGGGCGACGCCGGAUUUGGAAGCCGAUCGCCACUGUGAGGAGCAGAUCGGACAAGGGGAAACGAGGACGCGCAGUGAAAGUCUCGGGGAGGACGGGGAAGCGCAAGAGCAGUUUUCCGGCGAUGUUUUCUUCAGAUUUAACAGAGGAUUGCGAGUUUCUUCAAUCCCAUUUGAGGUUCCAAUUAACUCUUGUUUGAAUUGUAUGGUUUCUGGACUCCUUCCGUCGGAGCAGACUGUUAUUGAUGGUGCGGGGCUGCUAGGGGAUUGUUCUGUUCAGAACUUGUGA